AUGUCGAUGGCUCGGCUAUCAACUGAAAAUAGUAAUUCAGAACUAAAAAGAGCCAGAAUAGAGGCCCCGUUAGUCUUGGGCUUCUCGGCCAAUGAUAAAAUCGAAACUAUCCAACCCCAUGACGAUGCUUUGGUGGUCACACUCAGAAUAGGGGGGUAUGAUGUGAAAAGAGUGUUGGUAGAUCAGGGAAGCCCUGUUGAGAUAAUGUACCUUGACCUGUACAAGGGGCUGAAUUUGAGACCCGAGGACCUGACAGUGUACGAUUCCCCAUUAGUAAGUUUCGAGGGGAAGAUAGUUACUCCAAGGGGUGAGAUUAGACUGCCAAUACAGAUCAGUUCGGAUGUGGUGAAAGUGGACUUCAUUGUGGUGGAUGCUUAUUUACCUUAUACGGCUAUUGUGGCCAGGCCUUGGCUCUAUGCUUUGGAAGCCGUUUCCUCUACCCUCCACCAGAAGGUAAAAUAUCCAUCCAACGGCCAAGUUAAAGAGAUUGUAGGGAAUCAAUCCAUGGCUAGACAGUGCAUGGUGGUUGCCAUCUUGCAUAGGCCCAAUAUGAAGUCCUCGGCGCUCAUCUAG